AUGUCGAUUUCUUAUCAUUUUGACAGUUUACCAUUAAAUGUGUUGACGUUAUCUGGUUACGAAUUUUUUCAGUUUAUAAAAACUAUUCUUGGUGAAUCAGAGGCUAAGUUAUUAAAUAAAAUUGCAGUAAGAACAACAUCUUCAUUAAUAAUGAUUGAAGAUCCUUUAGAUAUUUUUAAUCAAGACAUUGAAGAUGAAGAAUUAGAUACAUUGAAAGAACAGCUAUGCUUUAAAAUGAAAAAUGAUAAAUAUUUAAUCAAGCCUGGUGUGAUUUCGAGAUUUCUUUCUUUAAAACGAGCUUUACAAGAAAAAUUAACCCAAGAGCUAAAACAUCCGAAGAAAAAUAAACAACGGCAAUCAAAUCUCAAUGUAUCAUCAAUCUCUUCUUUGGAAUUACCAGUGCAAGAAAAAAGAAUUUCUUCAUUAUCUUUAUCCGAUCAUAAAACACAUGUUCUUAAAUUAAUAAAUAAGUGGUGCAAUGAAAACAAAGAAAAUUUGAAUUUACAAAUUUUUCAAUUAGAAGAAGACAUUGAUUUUACAUUAAAUAUUGACGUUGAUCGAAAUUCUGACGUACGGGUGUGCCAAAGUUAUAGAUCCCCUUUAAAAUAUAAAGAAAAUCGUUUAUUUUAUUUUCACAACAGAUGAUAUCAGUCUGCUACUAGUAUGCGUAUAUGGGAUUAUGCAAGUACUCACAGAUAGUCUGAUCACCCCUCUUUGUCUUUUAAUAAUUGAAGAGAUAAUUGAAAAAGACCGGGAAAUCACUGUAGCAAAAUUAUAGACUCCUAGCGAAAAAGUCACUAUCUUUUCAUUUAAAAUGUAUUCAAUCUUCAACUUUGAUAUCUUAUCGCACGACUAACUGCAACCCGUCUUUCUUAUUGUAUUUGGAGCUUUAUCAUAAUAAAAUUUGCAGAUUUCAAACGUUUUGUGUGCUUUCGUCAUUUUCUAGCCAUAUUCGGCCAGAAGAUGAUUCUUUUAUGUUCCAUAUAUAAUUAAAACUUCGGAACUAUACGUAACUUCUCAAAUUAGCAUUAUUAGAGGCAAAGUCAAGCCAUAAGAAACGAAUUUCAAAAGGAUUUUGCUUCAAAAAUCUAGUAAGUUGUUUUGUUUUGCGAUGGAUACCUCAGAAAACUCUUGAUUAUGGCCUCCUGUUAACUCAGAAACUAAAACAGAUGGCAUGGUUAAAAAGAGCACAUCUAGUUGUACUUGAAGCACCCAAAAGUGACAUGAAGAAAAAUUUCCUAAACGCGUUAACACAUUGCAUACAACAUUUACU